GACGAACCCUAAUUAAAAAGCACAUCGCUACAUCGUCUCCAACUCUCUUGGACGCUCGGCCACUUUCAGCAGAUCAGUCCCCAUGGCGGCCCUGAUCCGCUCUUCGAAAUCCCAUGCGGUUUCAUCUCUUUCAUCCGUCUCUCUCAUCAGGAGAUGCUUCUCUUCAGCCGUUGCAUCUGAAUUCAGGUCUCCCGCCGCGCCUUCGCCUUUCGCUCUGAACCACAAUCUUCCCCGCAAAGAUCCCAAGGAUCGGAACGUUCAAUGGGUGUUUCUCGGAUGUCCAGGCGUCGGCAAGGGGACCUAUGCUAGCCGUCUUUGUAACCUUCUCGGUAUCCCUCACAUCGCCACCGGCGAUCUCGUCCGGGAAGAGCUCGCCUCCUCCAGCCCACUUUCUCGGCAGCUGUCAGAGAUUGUAAACCAAGGUAAAUUGGUUUCAGAUGAGAUAAUUAUCAACUUGUUGUCCAAGAGACUUGAAGCUGGUGAGGCGAAAGGCGAAUCUGGAUUUAUCCUUGAUGGUUUCCCUCGGACAAUUAGACAGGCAGAAAUCUUGGAGGAGGUGAUUGAUAUAGACUUGGUGGUUAAUCUGAAGCUUCGAGAGGACGUAUUAGUUGACAAGUGCCUUGGGAGAAGAAUAUGUGGUCAGUGUGGAAAAAAUUUCAAUCUUGCCUCCAUUAGUGUGAAGGGCGAAAAUGGGAAUCCUGGAAUGAGCAUGGCUCCACUGCUUCCCCCUUCACAUUGUAUGUCUAAACUAAUUACUCGGGCAGAUGAUACGGAAGCAGUUGUAAAAGAACGUCUUCGAGUGUAUAAUGAAAAGAGUCAACCUGUUGAGGAGUUCUACCGCAGUCGAGGGAAGUUGUUGGAAUUCGACUUACCAGGUGGAAUCCCAGAGUCUUGGCCCAAGCUACUACAAGUUCUUAAUCUCGAUGAUUUUGAGGAGAAGCUAUCUGCAGCGGCCUAAAUUAUGGUGCUGCAAAUGAUUGGUCAGUUGAUUAUUUUCAGCAUAUACAACAGGCAUAAACAUUUUUGCAGGACAAUAAAAAACUGAUAAUUAAACAAACUUGAGGUUUAAAUUUUUUCUAAAUUGUUAAGUUCUAUCUUUUCCCCAAUUGGGAAGGAGGGAGGGGAAAUACUUCAUACAUUUGCUGCAAACAGAGAUUGGUAACAGCGUUGAGUAUCUAUCUCUACAGUGUCUUACACGAGGAAUAAUGAUAUUGAAUUCUUGUAACUUACUAUUCAUUAUUAACAAUUGUUCCUUUGAUGACUUUUAUGAUGUUAUAUCAAUAUGUGGGGACAUAAUUUUCUCGUA